UUUUUUUUUUUUUAGCAAAUGUUUUUUAAUGCAUUCGUAAUUUAAUUUAUCGGUAUAUUUAGCCUUUUUUGUGGGAAUAUGUGUUUGAACUAUUUGUUAAGAGCAUUGUAAAAAAAAAUGUUAGCAUUUUAUAGCAUUUAAGCGAGCGGAUUUUUGUUAUGAAAGUAAGCCAAUUGUUCUUCUGUUGUACUUAGAGCCUUAUUUAUUUAUUUAUUUAUUUGUUUGUUAUACUGUUUGAGGGUCAGCUCAACUAUUUUAAUUUUUUAUCUUUCUUGUCCCAUUACUCGAUUAUUUGAACUAACUAGUUCAUCGAUUACUAAAAUAAUCGAGAGCUGCAGCCCUAAUCGUAUUGUCAAGGAAUUUAUCAAUUACAACCCUACGAAACCAUCCCUGUAACGUGAUGAGAGGAAGUUGAUGUUCACCGCUAGACUCUAAAAGAGACACACCAUCAUGCCUCUGUGGCUGAAUAUGUCCUCAUGCCUGCCUCUUUCCCCAAACUGCAGCUGGGAUCCGAUCCUGGACUUAGACCCGACGAGUUUGGACUCUGAUCGGGUAGUCCCGCUCAGUUACUACAGCUUUCCCCUGCUGGUGUUCAUCACGGUGGCGUGCACGCUUUUGUCGGCAGUGGGUGUGAGCGGCAACGUCUUGACCAUCCUAGUGGUGGGAAAGUGCCGUGACAUGCGCACUACCACGAACUUGUACCUGUGCAGCAUGGCCGUGUCCGACCUGCUAAUUUUCCUGUGCAUGCCACUGGAUCUCUACCGCAUGUGGCGCUAUCGUCCGUGGCGCCUGGGCGACGCGCUUUGCAAGCUUUUCCAGUUCGUGUCCGAAUCCAGCACCUACUCGACCAUCCUGAGCAUCACGGCGCUUUCUGUGGAGCGCUACGUGGCCAUCUGUUUCCCGUUGCACGCCAAGGCCCUGGUGACCAAACGGCGGGUUCGCGGGCUCAUCCUGGUUCUUUGGUGCGUGGCCCUCGUCAGCGCGGGGCCAGUUUUCAUCAUGGUGGGCGUGGAGCGCGACCACCCGGGUUUCGGCGCCAACCGCACCCAGGCGGAGGACGACGACACGCGGGAGUGUAAAAUGACACGCUAUGCCGUGGAGUCCGGCCUCAUGGGUGCCAUGGUGUGGCUCAGCUCCAUCUUCUUCUUCAUGCCAGUCUUCUGCCUCACCGUGCUCUACAGCCUCAUCGGACGUCGCCUAUGGCGAAGGCGCCAGGAGACCAACGUUGGCUCAUGUGUGGCGCACCGGGACAGGAGCAACAGGCAGACUGUCAAGAUGCUUGUCGUUGUGGUCCUGGCCUUCGUCCUGUGCUGGCUUCCCUUCCAUAUGUGCCGCUACCUGCAGUUCCGCUCGCUUGACGCGCCGUCCCCACUGCUGUCCGCCGUGUCCGAGCACUGCAGCCUUGUGUCGGUUGUUCUCUUCUACCUGAGCGCCGCCAUCAACCCCAUCCUCUACAAUACCAUGUCAUGGAAGUACCGCGGGGCGGCGGCGCGCCUCUUCGGCCUGGGCGACCAGCGGCUGCCUCGGACCCGCACCGCCAGCACGCUCAAGGCUGUUGCAGAUGGAUGGAUGGAAUCUAGCGCUAGCUUCUGA